GGCCUGACCAGAACGGACAGUAUGCUGCAGCCUCCUGCUGAAGGGAUUCUUUGUACUUGUACAUACAUGUAUGUGGUUUUGAUGGAGUGCCACCUGUGUGCUAAGAUUUCUCACUGUGGUUGCAGCUAGUUCAGUCCUGGCAUGUGGUCAGUGUGGUACAUGUGUAUCUUACUGUAGUGGCCUGACAAAAGAGUUUGACCCUUUGUACAUGGACAUGUUUAUAGAUACUCAGGACCGCAAUGUGCUCAAGAUAACCCAGAUAGGCAGCCAGCAAAUUUUUUACCUGAUAAUACUGGAUAUAUGAUGACCAGUACAAGAUAACCAAUUGUUGUGUGGAAGCUUGACUACAUAAUCAUGUCCAGCGACAACGACAACCGAAAAUCUCGGGAUAAUCUGCAGCCGAACCCUGUGGUCCGGGUUGAUAAGUCACCAUUGCAGAAGUCUGAGAGGAUGAGUCGAGAAAAACUCAUGCAGUUUCGUCACAGCGAGUCCCUCUCUGAUUCAGACGGAAGUGAGGAGAGUAUCUCGGGAGAAGGGAGUGGAUAUGCAGACGCCUCAGCAACAUAUACUGCGCCUGCCACAUCGGCAUCUAGUUCAGGAAAGACCUCCAAUCGGCAGAAGACGCGCAGAAAAAGGAGGCGCCGAGACUGGGAAUUCAUCGAGGGCUUGCGAGAUGGGCAGAAAUGUGCAGAUAAACCAGACAAACACGAAGGGUACUUGAUGAAAAAACGCAAAUGGCCGUUAAAAGGCUGGCACAAGCGAUAUUUUGUCUUGGACAAAGGGAUUAUCACGUAUGCCAAGUCACCAAGCGAUGUCCAAAAGGGCAAGUACCAUGGGGUGAUCGACAUAGGACUGUCAGUGCUGGCUUUUAAGCAACAACGACAACGAUUGUACAUCGACGCCGAAGAUUCUAUUUAUCAUAUAAAGUUGAAGGACACUGGGAAGUUCAAUGAGUGGCUGGCCAAACUGAAGCACCACCGUCUGUAUAGACAGCAUGAGAUAUCGUACGGGACAAAGGAAACUCCACGACUCACAGACCUGACCUCACCCUCAGAAGAGAUCAUACCCUUGUCUCCUAAUGUAAAUUUUGCUGAGAAAGCAAGGAGUGGGUCUCUGAAGCGUGAAACACUCUACCGGCAGGCCAGUAUUAAGGGCACGCCCAUCAUGUCACAGAACAAGGUGGCUACAUGGCUGCUGGAUACGGCUGGGAUAGAACACUGCAAUAAAGAUCUCAGCGAUGCAAAGCGGAACUUGUACGAGCUCCGCGACCUUUUGGAUCAAAUCCAAAAUCUUCCAAUUAUAACGGAUGCUAUGUUUGAGGCUCAGCUCUCAUUGGCUGGCUCCUGUUCAAACCUGGUCUGCACAGACCAAUCAGCACAGUGUCCGACAAUUCUCGCGUCACCUCGGCGUAAGAAAAUGGGACUGUCUCUGCGGAGCAAACGGAAAACCCGAACCUCGUCUUCUUCGUCCAAUUCUACAUGCACUUCUAGCCCUCAGCAUACCCAUUUAAAAAAUUCUUCCAACUCUCACUAUACACUGGCCCCUGCAGCCACUGACAGACUUCACAUGAGUUCAUCCAAUCCGAAUCUCGUGGAGAUGGAUGGAGAGAGGCCUCGCCCUACCAGCAUGCCCGAGUGCUCCCUUCCCGAUCAUGAAACACGCAUACAAGAUAUCAAGAUACGAGAAAACUUCUUGGCCAAAGCUGAAGAAGUGACAGAAAUUCUAAAGUCUCUAGUGAGAAUGAUUGGUACUGAGCGGGAUCGUCUGAAGCAAGCGUUUGAACAGGAAAGUGGACCAGGGCUCCAAAACACGUCCAACUCUAUUACAGCACUGAAGACAGGUCUGGCAGAGGCUCUCAAACAGAAUGCUGAUCUUCGUUCUCGGUUGACUAAGAUACAUGCAGACUCCGCGAUUGUCGAGCCGAUCAUAAGCCCGCCUUCCCCGCUAGCCACUCCUGUAGAUCAGGAUCCCCCAUUGCACCCUCUGAAGCCGUCAUUAUCUGCUGAAAGCUGCUCCGUCGCAGAUCUCUACUUUGAUGCAGAAGAAACGUUAGGAACCAGUGACUCAUCUUCAGAGGCUUCUGAUGAGGAAGAGAUUUCCAGCGAUAUCUCAGAUGACAACGACACAGAUCUCACGCAAGCCCAUACAAGUGUGUCAGAAGAACUAAUUCCCCAGAAAUAUCGCACGGGUCGUCGCUCAGUUUUGCCGCGCCCCAAGCCCGACGUAGGCGAUAUCAGUCUAUGGAGUCUGCUGUGUAAGAACAUCGGCAAAGAUCUCUCCAAGAUAUCGAUGCCUGUGACGCUGAACGAACCACUAAAUGUGCUUCAGCGUCUCUGUGAAGAACUGGAGUACAGUGAACUUCUUGAUAAGGCAGCAGAACAUGAUGAUCCUUAUGAGAGAAUGUUGUAUGUGGCCGCCUUUGCAGUUAGCGCAUAUGCCUCAACCUAUCACAGAGCAGGUUACAAGCCGUUCAACCCCCUCCUGGAAGAGACAUAUGAGAACAUCCGAGAGGACAAAGGCUGGAGGUUUGUCGCUGAACAGGUCAGCCACCAUCCCCCGAUUUCAGCAUGCCACUGCGAAUCCAGGAAUUUUAUCUUCAAACAAGAUAUGAGAAUAAAGAACAAGUUUUGGGGGAAGUCCAUGGAGAUCCAGCCUCUGGGAACUGUAACAGUGUCAUUACCCAAGUAUAAUGACCACUACACAUGGAAUAAGGUCACCACCUGCGUCCACAACAUCUUUGGCGGUCAGCGCUGGGUUGACCAGUACGGGGAGAUGACCAUCCGUAAUAGAGACAUACUAUGCAAAAUAUCAUUUGCCAAGGCUAGCUAUUGGUCAUCUAAGAGACACGAGUUGGUUGGUCAGGUGUUAAACCCUGAAGGUCGAGUGGUACACCACCUGUUUGGGAAGUGGAAUGAGGCUCUGUACAGUGGACAGCCCCCCUCCACCAGGUGUAUCUGGAGACCAGGUGCUAUGCCGGAUGACUAUGAGCUGUAUUAUGGCUUCUCCAGGUUUGCCAUAGAACUCAAUGACCCUGAACGGGAACAUGCGAGAUACCUGCCGCCGACAGACACGCGAUUCCGGCCUGAUCAGAGGCUCCUUGAAGAAGGGAGAAUUGAAGAAGCGGAGAAGGAGAAACUGAGGUUAGAACAACUACAACGGGACAGACGGAGAAAACGAGAAGAAAACAAUCAGCAGCUAGAGCCCAGGUGGUUCAGGAAGGUUGCCGUGAAUGGUCAGGAAACUUACGAAUUCAACGGGAAAUACUGGGAGUUGAGAAAAGAACCAGGCUUCAUCAAGAUGACCUUCACGAAACUCUGGUGACCUUGACACACCUCUAGGCGAGAAAAUCACAUUUUGUUUGUGUGCUGGAGAAUUACAAAUUUUUAGUCGGAACAGACAUUUGCCCAGUACGAUUGCUUAAAGUUUGGAUUAUGGGAGAAAAUGAAUGUUAUGUUUUGGGCUUUUUUUUUAGGGCUUCUUUUUUUUUGUUGGAGAUCAUUAGUGAGUGACUAAAAUGAAUUUUGAGAAAAUGAGUUUGAAAUGAUGACUUAUUUGUUUCAUGAGGAAAAGGAAUGUUAAUUAGCAAGUAAGUAAUUUUCUUAAGUAAUAAUAUAUGUAAUUGGUAAUGCAGUGGUGUUAGCCACUGACUGCUAGUGUAAUGUUGUUAGGAUGUGAGAUUAUACUCUACAGUUAAGUGUUAUGUUAUGAAAUUAUAUCUAGCUCUACAUUAUAUAAACAGUGCGUUCAUUGGCAUGAUUGUGAACUUGAUUACGAACAGAAACUAUUGUCAGACAUUAGCUACAUAUAUUCCAUUCAUACCAGUAGAAAAGGAAGUGGCCAGUUGGUGGAUGGUGGGGUAGGACCUCAGAGGUUAUUCUGAGAUAUGCACAAUGGACUUGUUUUUUUU